CUGCAGUGACAGCUGAGCCGGCGGUUCCUGGUCGCCUACUGCUCGGCUGGCUGGCUCCCGGAGCGUUUCUCGGCCGCCGAGGUUGCGGGCGCUGCUCAACGUGCCCAUUGCGGAGGAAGGCGGGCUUUGAGAGCUGCGGGAAACGGCCGUCAUGGCGGAUGACUUCGGCUUCUUCUCCUCCUCGGAAAGCGGAGCAGCCGAGGCCGCCGAAGAGGACCCGGCUGCUGCCUUCCUGGCGCAGCAGGAGAACGAGAUUGCGGGGAUCGAGAACGACGAGGGCAUCAGCUGCGCCGAAGGAGCCGCGAGGGGCAGCCAGGAGGCCGCCGGGGAGCCUCGGAUUAAUUUUGAAAACACAGGAGGAACUACUGUGAAUGGUGAUGUGUUUCAGGAAUCCAAUGGACCUACAGAUGCCUAUGCAGCCAUUGCCAGAGCUGACAGAUUGACACAGGAGCCUGAGAGCAUUCGCAAAUGGCGAGAGGAACAGAAAAAGAGACUGCAGGAGCUGGAUGCUGCUUCUAAAGUAUUAGAACAGGAAUGGCGUGAAAAGGCUAAGAAGGACUUGGAGGAAUGGAAUAUAAGGCAGAAUGAACAAAUGGAGAGGAACCAGGCCAAUAACAGGAUUGCUGACAAAGCCUUUUACCAGCAGCCAGAUGCAGAUGUGAUUGGCUAUGUAGCCUCAGAGGAAGCCUUCCUGAAGGAGUCCAAGGAAGAGACGACUGGCACUGAAUGGGAGAAAGUGGCCCAACUCUGUGACUUCAAUCCCAAGAGCAGCAAGCAAUCCAAGGAUGUCUCACGCAUGCGCUCAGUGUUGAUCUCCCUCAAACAGAUCCCUCUGGCCCGCUAGCCUAGCUGAAAAGAGGCUGGGGCUGGAGUGAGGGUGCUGGUGGCUCUUUUGCCAGCCAGCUUAGCAGCAACAUCACCACAGGCUUAGAAGGCCACCAACAUGGGGGAACAAACAAAAGCAUCCCGCCCCUGCCUCUUUCUCUCUUCUCAGUAUGUUCCUGCCACUUCAAUUGGGUGGCUGCCUGUAUCCCUCCCCUUGAAUUUACUUUGCUUAAAGGGUGCACUGAUAUCUUUUUACACAUAUUUAUUAAUGGUGUGGUCCUUGGGCAACUGCUCUCUUCCCUGCUGCCUUCAGGAAAGGUCACUUUCAGUAUUGGGUGAUUCAGUUUCCCACUCCCCCAAUGUUGCCUCUAUCUUCUCCCCUCAGACCUGGCUGGUUUAAUAGGUUAAACUUCAUUCCUCUCUCCAGUCAUUUGUACUCAACCUGGGUGGGGGGCAGUGCUAAAACUGAGCUUAGGGCUGGGCACAAAAUUCUAGUCCCAGUUCUGUUGCUGUUUUUUUUUUUAACCUGAAUGAUGAGCAUGGUUCUCAGGAAUGUCCAGCCAUUAAAAGAUUGGGACUCAGUUGUGUUUCCCACUUGUGCUGGACAUUGCAGGCACAGUCAGACCGAAGAGAUCUCUUAAAAAAUGAGUACUUCAAGAGGAAAUGUGCAGAAGAGAGAAUGGACAACUGAAGUAAUAAUAGAUGUGUUUGCUACAUUUUUAAUGGCAAACCUGAAAAUGAGAUUUGUAUGAAUCUGAAAGCUAUAAUCCAACCUGAAACCACUGCACAAAGAAUUGCUUGCACUGAAGAGAAUGCUAUUUCUCUUUUUGAGAUAAUCUUUAGGCUUAGUUGAUGUCUAGUAAGAAUAUACAAGAUAUACAAGCAGAUUCCUUCACUUUCACUCCUCUCUUCAAAAGUUAUUCCAUAUUUGCUUAAGGAUACACUAAAUGUAUAGCUACAAUGUAGAGUUAAACUGGAUGUUAUUAAAAGGUACCUUCUUUGGAUCUUUUUCACUGAGAUAGCUGUAGAUUUAAACAAACAGAAGCCAAUUCUUCUGGUUUUGCUCACAUAACUAAUACACACAGCUAAAUACUAUGUUUUAUGUUCACAUUUUCUUGGCAUUUAGUGCCAUAACAUACAGUGAUACUUACUCUCAUGUAAAUAUGUUUAAGGUUUCAGAUAUAGAUAUGUCAUUAUUGUUCCAGAAGACAUUUGCCCUUUCAGUUUUUAGGGGCUUUGCAUCAGCAACUCAUGUCCUUGCUACUAUGAUGUUUUCCAUUCCAGAUUCCUAGAGGAAGUUUUAUAUCAGCAGCAGUGUCAGACGAUGAAAGUUUUUCCUACUCUUUCUUCCGUUCCAUACUACUAGCUCCAAUCUGCAAUCUCUUUUGCUGUAAUUAAAAAAGAGUCAACAAUUCUAAUUUCCCUUUGGGUGUACAUUUUACUAGAAAGGGGGCUUGGCUCCUUUAGUGAAGAUUUUUCACUUGAGCAAAUGCACAUACCAAUACAAAAAUUCAGAAAUGUAAGACUGUAAGAUUAGUUUUUGAAAAUGUGGUUUUAGAAAGACUGGGCAUGUUACUUCACCUUAGCUGUUGUGUAGCAGGACUGAAAUACAUUCAUGAAAAUAUAGCUGUACAUACAGCAUAUGCAGUUAUGUAAUGUUCACUACAUAAGUUAGCAUAGGUUUGCAUAUAUAUUUUAUUUGUAAAAAGUCCCAAUGAAGUAAAUUCAAUAUGUGAUUUUUACGUAGUAAAGCAUUUUCAGAAUCCACAAUACAUUGAAAUUACUAGCCCAGGGAAGACAUCUUUUUUUCUCUAAUUUGAUAACUUUGGUAUUUUUUACAUGUGGGUUAUAUAAUACCAGAAAGUGCUAUGUUAGAAAUAAUCCUUUGAAGAUCUGACAAUGUUCCCCAAAGGGGUUUGGGGGGGGGACCAUAUCAUUUGGAGGUAGUACCAUCAAGGUUGCUCCUUUAAAUAAAGCUUGUGCUUUGUAUUACUCAUCAGUUGAAAAUAAGUUGGGCUGAAACUUAUCAGCACAAAGCAUUGUAUGGCUUUUGUAGCAAGUCUUUCCCUUGCACGGCCUUGGCUUGUAUUCUGUGAGUCCAAGAUAUCAUUUGAAAUGAAAAGUUCAUAGGAAUUCUAUGACAUAUACCCCUUCUGGAACAUAGGAGCGAAGAGAAGAAAUACAGAGGAAACUGAAUACUUUCACAAGCUUUCUUUUGAGAGUUGUUUACUGAAUAUCAUUUUAUCAAAAGCCAAAGAUUCCACAUUCAGGUGUAUGUGACAAAGAUGAUGGCAAGGCUACCAAAGGGACAAUUGCAGAUUAAGGAUAAUGUCUUGCCUCAUCAUUGACUAUUGAGAAAUUUAUAGCCAAGUGCUCCUAGUGGCAAUCACUGUCUGGUCAUUUCAGCUUACAAAAAUUAAACUUAUCUCUCAGUUUUCUGUGACAUAGCUAAACCAACAGCUGCUUCUAGAAUCACAGAGUAAAAUCAUAGAAUGCUCUCUUUUUAUGAUUCUUUAACUGAAAAAGUAAUCUAAUAGACAUCUAGCAAAAUAUAUUUUUCAAAAUUUGUUAAUAUAUGAUCAUCAUUAGGAUUCACGCAUGAAGAAAUCUUAAUAUUUUGUGUUUCCUGCAAAGUAUUUUGAAGCAAAGGUCAAAAAAAGUUAUGCAAUUCAAAACAAAGUGUUAUAAAAACACUUAAAUUUGUAGGUGUGGGAACCCAACUCUAUAAUUUCUUAAAUUUUCAAACAAGAUACAUCAAGAUCUUCCCUCAUAAAGGCUCAUAGUUUUCUAAAUCCUGCAAACCAGUUCUCACACCAGUCAGAAUUAAAAAAUCAGGCUAUUUUAGAAUUCCUUUCAUAAUUAUAUAUUACACAAAUGAUGGAAAUUUAUGCAAAUGAUUUAAAUUCUAUUUUAAUGGAUUUAACAGUUAUCCCUCAAAUAGUUUUCCUGUGCAUAAUUUAUAUACUGUACAUAAGCCUUAGGGUAAGUACAGUUUUGAGCAUAUAAAAAGAAAGGUUCCUUUGACUUCUUAUGAGCUAUGCAGAUAUGCCUACAUAAUUUUCUUGACGGUAGUACAAAAGUUUUGCUGUUGCCUUUUUCUGGGAUGCCUUUCAAUUUUCUAGUCUAGAUUGGGAUGAUUUGGUGACUGUGCAUCAGAUUAGUUGCUUAAGUUUCUGAGGUCUGCCAAGUUUGGCUAAAUUCUGCCAUGUGCAGCAUAUAAAUAAAUCCUUAAAACCCA